CAGCAGUGCAUUCAGGUGGGUACAGUGAACACUGACACCUGGUGCCACCAUGCUGAGACUUCUGCUUCUGACGACCCUCGCCGUGUUCGCGUGGGCAGAGGAGGUGCAGUACCUGGAGGAUGCGGUUGGCCUCGAGCGUGUGGUGAACGGAGAAAACGCCAGGCCCCACUCCUGGCCCUGGCAGAUCUCCCUGCAGUAUCUCUCUGGGGGGAGCUACUAUCACACCUGCGGAGGGACUCUGAUCAGGAGGCGCUGGGUGAUGACCGCUGCCCACUGUGUGGACAGGCCUAUGACUUUCCGCGUAGUGCUGGGUGACCACACCCUCUACUCGAGCGACGGCACAGAGCAGUACAUCAGUGUCCACCGCAUCUUCGUGCACCCCAACUGGAACUCCAACAGUGUCGCCGGCGGGUACGACAUCGCCCUGCUCAAGCUAUCUCAGGACGCCACCCUGAACUCCUAUGUGCAGCUGGGCACCCUGCCCCCCUCUGGCCAGGUCCUGCCCAACAACAACCCCUGCUACAUCUCCGGCUGGGGGCGGACCCAGACCGGGGGUCAGCUGGCCAGCGUGCUCCAGCAGGCCUACCUGCCCGUGGUGGACUACCGCACCUGCUCCAGCAGCUCCUGGUGGGGCUCCACUGUCAAGAACACCAUGGUCUGUGCCGGCGGCUACGACAAAUCCGGCUGCCAGGGUGAUUCCGGCGGCCCCCUGAACUGCCAGGUCAACGGGAACUACGCUGUGCAUGGCGUGACCAGCUUCGUGUCGUCCUAUGGCUGCAACUACUACCAGAAGCCCACUGUCUUCACCAGGGUGUCCGCUUACAUCGGCUGGCUGGAGGACAUCAUUGCCAAGAACUGAAUGCCACUGUACUUCGGGAGCAAGGGCGACGCCAGAAUGACGGGCACACAGGUCCCCACGAUCCUCUGAUACCUUCCGACCCCGAGCAGGGUGGGCACUGCUCCUCACAGACUGAAAUAAAUUGGAUUGA